GCCCGUUGGCGCAGCGCAGGAGAAGGGCGCGACGAUGAAGACUUUAGUUUUUUUGAAUCACUGAAAAGCCUUAAAAGGAGACUCGGUUAACAAUGAUGCCUACACAGAUACCUUACACUAUAUGUGUAUAUCUGAAACUUACAAGGGUUUAGUUUCAGCCUGGUAACCCGGAGGUGGGCUGGAAAUUAAGCACCUCCAGCAGUCUUGACACUUGUUAGAAAUACUGUUGACUUCUUGAACAACAAAACCCUCCAAAGUGGUUUGUUUUGUUUUAUUUUUCCCUUUUUUUUUGUUUUUUUUUUGGGCAAAGUAAUAAUAGUCAUUAAAAAAGAAACCCCAAUGCAAAGUGAAACAGCCAUGUCUGGAGAAGUGCGUUUGAAGCAGUUGGAGCAGUUUAUUUUGGAUGGGCCAACUCAGACUAGUGGGCAAUGCUUCAGUGUGGAAACCUUGCUGGAUAUACUCAUCUGCCUUUAUGAUGAAUGUAAUAAUUCCCCUCUGAGAAGAGAGAAGAACAUCCUUGAGUAUCUAGAGUGGGCCAAACCUUUCACAUCUAAGGUGAAACAGAUGCGACUACAUAAAGAAGAUUUUGAAAUCCUGAAGGUGAUUGGUCGAGGAGCCUUUGGGGAGGUUGCAGUAGUAAAGCUGAAGAAUGCAGAUAAGGUUUUUGCCAUGAAGAUACUCAAUAAGUGGGAGAUGCUGAAGAGAGCUGAAACAGCCUGUUUUCGAGAGGAGAGAGAUGUGCUAGUGAAUGGGGACAACCAGUGGAUCACAACAUUACAUUAUGCAUUCCAGGAUGAAAACUACUUGUACCUGGUUAUGGAUUAUUAUGUUGGAGGGGACCUGCUUACAUUGCUCAGCAAGUUUGAGGACAGACUGCCUGAAGACAUGGCUCGGUUUUAUUUGGCUGAAAUGGUGAUCGCUAUUGAUUCAGUUCAUCAGUUGCAUUAUGUUCACAGGGAUAUUAAACCAGACAACAUCUUGAUGGAUAUGAAUGGACAUAUUCGGUUAGCAGAUUUUGGUUCAUGUCUGAAACUGAUGGAAGAUGGAACAGUGCAGUCCUCAGUGGCAGUUGGAACACCUGACUACAUCUCUCCAGAAAUCUUGCAGGCCAUGGAAGAUGGGAAAGGGAAGUAUGGGCCCGAGUGUGACUGGUGGUCCCUAGGCGUUUGCAUGUAUGAAAUGCUUUAUGGAGAAACGCCCUUUUAUGCCGAGUCCUUGGUGGAGACCUAUGGCAAAAUAAUGAACCACAAAGAGAGGUUUCAGUUUCCUGCUCAAGUGACAGAUGUCUCUGAAAGUGCAAAAGACCUCAUCCGAAGGCUCAUUUGUAGCAGAGAGCAUCGACUUGGACAGAAUGGCAUAGAAGACUUUAAGAACCAUCCGUUUUUUGCUGGGAUUGAUUGGGACAACAUUAGAAACUGUGAGGCACCUUACAUCCCAGAAGUCAGCAGUCCCACUGAUACAUCAAACUUUGAUGUGGAUGAUGACUGCUUAAAAAAUUCUGAAACAAUGCCUCCACCAUCACACACUGCAUUUUCUGGCCAUCAUUUACCAUUUGUGGGUUUCACAUACACAAGUAGCUGUGUGCUUUCAGACCGCAGCUGUCUAAGGCUGACAGCUGGACCACCCUCCAUGGAUCUUGAUGCCAGCAUUCAACGAACUUUGGAGGAUAGUUUAGCAACAGAGGCUUAUGAGAGGAGAAUAAGACGUCUAGAACAGGAGAAGCUUGAGCUUAGCAGAAAGCUACAAGAGUCCACUCAGACAGUCCAGGCUCUGCAGUAUUCAACAGUGGAUGGCCCUAUAACAGCAAGCAAAGAUUUAGAAAUUAAAAGUUUGAAAGAAGAAAUUGAAAAGUUGAAGAAACAGGUAACAGAUUCUGGUCAGCUAGAACAGCAACUGGAGGAGGCCAGCUCUGCAAGGAGGGAGUUGGAUGAUGCUUCCAGACAAAUAAAGGCUUUUGAGAAACAGGUCAGAACGCUGAAGCAAGAGAGGGAAGAUCUUAAUAAGGAACUGGCAGAGUCUAGUGACAGAUUAAAAUCCCAAGCCAAAGAGCUGAAAGAUGCACACAGCCAGCGGAAAUUGGCAAUGCAGGAGUUCUCAGAGAUGAACGAGCGGCUGACAGAUUUGCACUCUCAAAAACAAAAGCUUGCCCGCCAGCUCCGAGAUAAGGAGGAAGAAAUGGAAGUGGUGAUGCAGAAAGUAGAAAGUUUAAGGCAAGAGUUACGCAGAACAGAGAGACUUAAAAAAGAACUGGAAGUCCAAGCUGAAGCCGCAGCUGCUGAGGCAUCCAAAGACAGGAAAUUGCGGGAGAGAAGUGAACAGUACUCUAAGCAGUUGGAAAGCGAAGUAGAAGGCCUGAAGCAAAAACAGAUUGGUCGCUCACCUGGGGUAAGCAGUAUAGAACACCAGCAAGAGAUCACUAAAUUAAAGGCAGACCUGGAAAAGAAGAGUGUUUUCUAUGAAGAGGAGCUAUCUAAACGUGAACUAAUGCACGCUAAUGAAGUCAAAAGUCUGAAGAAAGAACUGCGGGAUGCAGAGAGCCAGCAGCUUGCCCUCAAAAAGGAGAUCAUGGUUUUGAAAGACAAGCUAGAGAAAACCAGGAGAGAAAACCAAAGUGAAAGAGAGGAGUUUGAAACUGAGUUCAAACAGAAGUAUGAACGAGAAAAGGUUUUGCUGACGGAGGAAAACAAAAAGCUUUCCAGUGAACUUGAUAAGCUCACCGCCAUGUUUGAGAGGCUGAGUGUGAACAAUCGGCAGCUGGAAGAAGAGAUGAGGGACCUGGCUGAUAAAAAGGAGUCUGUGGCCCACUGGGAGGCCCAGAUUACUGAGAUCAUCCAAUGGGUAAGUGAUGAAAAAGAUGCUCGAGGAUAUCUUCAAGCCUUGGCUUCUAAAAUGACAGAAGAACUAGAGGCCCUGAGGAACUCCAGUUUGGGUGCAAGAGCUACAGACAUGCCCUGGAAGAUGCGCCGCUUUGCCAAACUGGAUAUGUCUGCACGGUUGGAACUGCAGUCUGCUCUCGAUGCUGAGAUCCGAGCCAAACAGGCAAUUCAAGACGAGUUGAAUAAAGUCAAAGCUUCCUGUAUCUCCACAGAGUGUAAAUUGCAAGAAUCUGAGAAGAAGAACAUGGAACUGUUGGCAGAUAUCGAAAGGCUGAAAAAGGAGACAGAAGAGCUUAGAUCAGAAAAGGGUGUAAAGCACCAAGACUCACAGAAUUCUUUCUUGGCAUUUUUGAAUGCGCCUACCUCUGCUCUGGAUCAAUUUGAACGCUCUCCUUCCUGUAUUCCAGCUAACAAAGGCAGACGUAUUGAUUCAGUUGAGAAUUUUACAUUGUCUAAUACACCAUCGCGAGAUGAAGAUAGCAAGUCUCACCUCCAUUCAAGAUCAAGGUCUCCUUCUACAGCUAGUGAGAUUGAACCAAUUGAGGUUACAGACCAUCCUCCCCGUUCACUGCACACGCCGACCAUGAGGACAGCAUAUAUUGGAUCGGGACUCUCCACACCAAAGCCUAAAGCCCACCAGUUUGUAGUGAAGUCAUUUAAUACGCCAACAAAAUGCAAUCAAUGCACAUCUCUGAUGGUUGGUUUAAUACGACAGGGCUGCACUUGUGAAGUGUGUGGAUUCUCUUGCCACGUAACCUGUGCAGACAAGGCUCCUGCGGUAUGUCCAAUCCCUCCUGAACAAACUAAGGGACCUUUGGGAAUAGAUCCACAGAAAGGCAUAGGAACAGCUUAUGAAGGACAUGUCCGAGUACCAAAACCAGCUGGAGUAAAGAAGGGUUGGCAGAGAGCGCUGGCAGUAAUCUGUGAUUUUAAACUCUUCCUCUAUGAUGUAGCAGAAGGAAAAGCAUCCCAGCCCAGCGUGGUAGUGAGCCAGGUCAUAGACAUGAGGGAUGAAGAAUUCUCAGUGAGUUCUGUCUUGGCCUCAGAUGUCAUCCACGCAAAUCGGAAAGAUAUCCCCUGUAUCUUUAGGGUUACAGCUUCCCAGCUCUCUGCAUCCAGUAAUAAGUGUUCAAUCCUGAUUCUGGCAGACGGUGAGAAUGAGAAAAGCAAGUGGGUAGGAGUGCUGAAUGAAUUGCACAGGAUCUUGAAGAAGAACAAGCUCAAAGACCGCUCAGUCUAUGUACCCAAAGAAGCUUAUGACAGCACCUUACCCCUCAUUAAAACAACACAGUCAGCUGCAAUCAUAGACCAUGAAAGAAUAGCACUGGGGAAUGAAGAAGGAUUAUUUGUUGUGCAUGUCACCAAAGACGAGAUUAUCCGUGUUGGUGACAAUAAGAAGGUUCAUCAGAUCGAGCUUAUCCCAGGCGAACAGCUCGUUGCAGUGAUCUCAGGACGAAACCGUCACGUGCGACUGUUCCCCAUGGCUGCCCUGGAUGGAAGGGAGACUGAGUUUUACAAGCUGGCAGAGACGAAAGGCUGCCAGUCCAUAGUGUCUGGACACGUGCGGCACGGAGCUCUGACCUGCCUGUGUGUAGCUAUGAAAAGGCAGGUCCUCUGUUAUGAACUCAAUCAGAGUAAGACGCGGCACAAAAAGAUCAAGGAGAUCCAAGUGCAGGGGAACGUCCAGUGGAUGGCAAUCUUCAGCGACCGCCUUUGCGUGGGCUACCAGUCAGGUUUCUUGAAAUACCCCCUUCACGGAGAAGGCAGCCCAUACAGCCUGCUGCACCCGGAUGACCACACGCUCUCCUUCGUCUCACAGCAGCCAACCGAUGCCAUCUGUGCAGUCGAAAUCUCAAACAAAGAAUACCUGCUGUGUUUUAGCAGCGUAGGGGUUUACGUUGACUGCCAGGGACGAAGGUCUCGACAACAGGAAUUGAUGUGGCCUGCGACUCCAUCUUCUUGCUGUUACAAUGCACCAUACCUCUCUGUGUACAGUGAAAAUGCAAUUGAUAUCUUCAACGUGAACUCCAUGGAGUGGAUUCAGACUAUUCCUCUCAAAAAGGUACGACCCUUGAAUACAGAAGGAUCAUUAAACCUUUUAGGCCUGGAAACAGUUAGAUUAAUAUAUUUCAAAAAUAAAAUGGCAGAGGGUGAUGAGCUAGUAGUUCCUGAGACAUCAGACAACAGCCGGAAGCAAAUGGUGCGAAACAUCAACAACAAACGCCGCUACUCGUUCAGAGUUCCAGAGGAGGAGAGGAUGCAGCAGAGGAGGGAGAUGCUACGUGAUCCAGAAAUGAGAAAUAAAUUAAUUUCUAACCCAACUAAUUUUAACCACAUAGCACAUAUGGGGCCAGGAGAUGGUAUACAAAUUCUCAAAGACCUUCCAAUGCAGCGUUCCCCUUAUCCGUUCCCUCAUCAUCACUCCCGUCUGAUCUCCUCUCCGAGCAACUUUGAGCACAUCUACCACAUGACUGUUAAUUCAGCUGAAAAAUUCCUCUCUUACGAUUCCAUAAACCCUGCAUUUUCCCCGCCUCCACGCUCUGUCCUGGGUACUCCAGACUUUAUGACUCUCAGGAACCUUCGGCCGCAGGAAAGCCGGACGGUGUUCAGCGGCUCCGUCAGCAUCCCAUCCAUCACCAAAUCCCGCACGGAGCCAGGACGGUCCAUGAGCGCCAGCAGUGGGUUAGCAACACGAUCAUCUGCACAGAACGGCAGCGCCUUGAGGAGGGAGUUCUCGGGAGGCAGCUACGGAGCCAAGCGGCAGCCCAUGGCAUCGCCCUCAGAUGGGUCCCUAUCCUCUGGUGGCCUGGACCAAGGCAGCGACGCUCCAACAAGGGACUAUGAGAGAGAGGACUCUGACUCUCCAAGACACUCUACUGCAUCGAACAGCUCCAACCUCAGCAGCCCUCCCAGCCCAGUUUCUCCUCACAAGACCAAGAGCCUCUCCCUGGAGAGUUCUGACCACGUGAGUUGGGACUCAUGAACUGCUUCAGCAUUCAGAUUUGACAUCACAGCAGCUCACUCUCCCCAUGGCUGUUCCCUUCACUUGUUCCAGUUCUCACCUUCAUCAUCCUAACCUUCUCCAGUCCCUGUCUGAAAGUGAUCUGGGAGUGGGGUACAGAGGAAGGUAAAAGCUGGUCGCCUUCAGCACCGUUUGUCACUGCCUCACCCUCCCUUCCCCAGAUUUGACAAGCAGCAAAGGAGCAAAGCUAGGAUGUUGGUAAACACCAGAUGCUGUAGAGUUGUUACUAGCAUUGGUUUCAUUUUUGUGAUUACAGCUGCUUCAUUUUUAAAGACGUAUUUAUCUCACCCUCCACUUCCCAAAAGGUAGCGUACGUAGACCAGCCCAGUAUCAACAAGAGAAAAUUCAGAGGGAUUUUUGGUUUCAUACAGUAGCUCAUUGUACUGUACAAAAGUAGCACAGAGACCCCUUUUCCCCAGCACGGGGGAAUGAUGAUCAGCACGUCAGAGGCACAUAAAAAGCUUUCAGCCACCACGUUUGAAUGUCGAUCCGAUUGUCGCCAGCAAAUCCUUAUUGAUGAAGAUGAUGCAUAUUUUACUACAAGACAGAGUUUAAAUGAAUAUGCAGAUGUUAGAGGUAAAAAUAGGUAUGUAUAUAUUCAAAGAGAAAAAAAAACCACACACACAGGAAAAAAAAAACAAAAACAGAAAAGAGAAAAAGAGAAAAAAAAAAAAAGCAUUGUGUAUGCAGCAGAAGAUGGAUGCUUAUUUAAGUGAGCCUUUAAUUUAAGAUUUGUGUUGUCCCUGUUUUCAUGCUUGGUAAUCAGACAGACUCGGAGGCCUGGCCUGACCCCGACCCCUUCUGCAGGACAGAUGUUCCUGUGCCCUAGCGCUCACCGCGCUGCCGGGAGAGGUCCCCGCACUGCUUCUGCACCGUUCCUUUCCUUCUGGCAGUAGCAAAACUGAAGCUGUUCAUUCCUGCUUUCACAUUCACCCCCCACCCUGUGCGAAAAUGACAGCAAUUGGAAGGCAGCCCCCUGCCCCCACAAGCCAGGGCGCUGGGCAGCCAGGUGGUUGCCCUGGUGUCUCAUGUGCCAGCUGUGCACCUUCUGACAAGCUACAGUAGAGGUCCUUAAGAGAUCACCGUGGCAGGGGUCAGCAGGAAAACUGUCUCCUGGGUCAGCCUUUCACUGGGUUUAACUCAGAGGGGAGCAGUCUUCCACAUCUCCUUGACCAUCCCUAACCAGAAAACUGUUACUGUUGUUACCAAAUACUAGUUGCUAAUACACAUCAACCAAAUGAGUGCCCUUAGCCCGAAGCGAGCCGUGGCAGGCUGCGCUGCCACUGUAGCAACGAAGAACCUUGAAGACUGACCUCAUACUGUUCACACUGUGGUAGUCGAAGAUGCCUAGUCACUCACAACUGCCAUGCUGGCAAGGUUGGUUUGCCUCUCUCUCCCUGCCCAGGCAGUGGGCUUUUGCAAUUUGCAGUUGUGUCUGCGUGCUCAACCUGCUGUUUGGUUUCGACUGCGGUUCAGGUUGGCAGGCAGAAGGUAUCGCAGCAGAGGGCAGAGCCCACUAAACUUGCAGAAAUAAGUCAAAAGCUGGAGCUGGUCAAGCAGUCAACAGAAUAAAGUGAGAGAGUCUGAUGUAUGAAUGGACAGCGUGAGGGAGAUGUCCCCUAGCAGGUUGGGAGUGUGUUCAAAUGAGCCUCUCUUCUCAGUAGUACUGUUGCUGCCUUUACACUCUGACCAUACUCAAAGAUAUAAAAGGGCUUUUUGUAUUUAGAAUCCUGGGUUUGUGGUGUUUGGAAACUUAUGGCUCUUACUAAACCAUUCUAUAUUCUUGCAGUCAGCAGUCCAUAGUGCUUCACCCACAUAUAGCAGUUGGGAGUUUUCCAGUUUCUGUCUUCCCUAAUAGAAGUUAUAGGUAAGUUCAACCCAUGUACAGUAGUUUCCAGGUGUGAGCUAAAUGAGAACUGCACAGAUAUCUACAUCCAUGCUGGGUCUCCUGGUAAGAUUGCUCUCUCAUUCUGAGUCAAGAGGCUCAGCCAGGUUGAAACUCAUUCAGUGUUCCUUUGGGAUAGGAAUUCAGGCAAUUUUAUUUUGUAGGAGUGAUCCUAUCAAAAGCCCCUCUGGCUCUCUCUCUUUAUCUCUCUCUCUCCUUCCUGUGUGAGUUCUUCAGAGUUGCAAACUGGUUGUGUUUUUCAUUUUUCACUUCAAAGCUCUUACAUUUGCAAGCCUGGCAUUUAACAGUAAAAGCUUUAGUGAACAGCAAAGCACUUGAAACUUAAUUCCUCCCAGUCUCUGUGAGGGACAAACAGGCAGGGUGUUACUGGUGUUACUCCACUUCCACAGCAGCUUCUUUUAAAAGGUGGCAGCCUAUUGCUUCAAUUAUAGCCACUGCUUUUGCCCCACAGCCCCCCCUCCUUUUGGUGAAUCAUGUCCACUUACUUCUCAAAGCCUUUGCAGACGAGUUUGGUAUGUACUGUAUGUUGUAUUUAAACAUAAACUUUAUUUUGAUGUAGAGAGAAGGCAUUGAAACAGUCAUUUCAGAGCAGCCUGCAUGGCAGUCCCCCAAGUGAGGGUGACAGGGUCUUCUUUGUGCAUUUAUCAUCUUUUUUUUCUUUGCAGCUGAGCUAAUAGUGCUCUGUCUGAAAAUGGACCAGCCACAACAGAACAAACAAUUCACUUGAGUAAACCCCUCCAUGACAGUGCCUGCAAUCCAAACCCUGACAUUUUUCAGGCAGAGCCUAGCUCAGCUGUGUUACAAAACCAAGCUCCAGAGGAUAGAGCUCCAGAAGCCUACACUGUUUGUACUCCACACGUUCUAAGCCAUGGCAGUCUCCUUUAAUGAUUAAACAGAGUAAUCCUACUUUGGUACUCUGCAUUUUUAUGCUCACCUGUCCAGAAGAAAAACAGCAAUUGUCCUCUCAGUUGAAAAGCAAAUGGCCACAUCACUUACUUGCCCUAGGGCUGGAGCAGUUUGAUGUAUUUGGGGACCACUUGCUUACAAAAAGUUUUAAACUGCACUCAUCUGAUUUUGUUGGCACAAACACUAAGAACUUCUGCCUACUGUAGCUGAGCUUCGAAAACCUUCAUUGGGCUAGGAGAAGUAAUUUGAUCAUUUGAACUGUAAGGCUCUUGACUGGUAUCUCAAAGACAGUUGUCCCUUAAGGUUUGAUAUUUGCUACUUGGCACUGCAGUGUCGCUUCAGCUUCAGAGUGCAAGGGCUGCGUCCUGCCCAGGGAGCUGAAAGGCUGUGGAAUCUCUGACUGUAGCACAUGUUCUCUGUACAGUGUGGAUCCAGCUGAUUUUUUUCCUUCUGGCUGAGACAAGGCAUCUUGCAUUUUUCACACUGUUUAGACAUCGGGGGUGGGGGGAGGGUUGCAUUUUUCUUUUUGCUCUUUUAAUGGCAACAAAGGAUCUGGACAGAUUCAGGCAGCUACUAAGGAUUCCAGGCUAUGGAAUGAGAAAGGGUUGGCGAGUGGUUUUCCCCUGCACGUGUGCACACAUAGCUGUGUGGCUUCCUUCCACAUUUCAUAAACCCCAAAGCAGGAUUGUUGUACUCCUCUCUCUUGCCUUCAACCUGUAGAAGACAGCUGGUGGUUUCCAAACAAAACCAUUUCUGAAGUGGUGGUGAAGUAGUUGCUUCUUUUCUUUUCAUUAGUUGCUGUGGCUUGUUAGGAAUGAGCAUUUUUGCUCAUUUAAACAAGCUUCAGCCCUGAGUCAGGAAGGCUGUUUUCUCUUGGAUUUGAUUCUGAUCAAGUUGGAAGCUAGGUGUGUGUUAUUCUCAGCUGCGGGGCAGAGGGAAGCUCUUGUACCAAAACAGUCUGAAAAGCAGAGUGUAGGUACAGAAGUGCACUUGAGCCACACCGAGCUGCUACACAGCUUGCUGGUCUUUCGAGACACAACAGCUGGAGCAUUAACACAGAAACCGAUUCUGGCACCAUCCUGUCUUGCCUGGCAGACCCUGCCCACCAGGACAAAGAUGCUUUUGGGCAGAAGGCGGCAGGGAGGGUUCUCCAUUUUAUGCAUGCUCCUCAAGUUUCAGAUGGGUAAAAUCUGUUGCAAUGCAAGUCCCCACACCUGAGCCUUAGUCUGAGAAUCCAGGUGGCACAGAACAGCUUCUGCAGUGGGGCAGAGGACUGAUGGGAGCAUGGAGGAAGUACAGGCCAGCUUUCUGCACUGGCACAAACUGUGCCCUGCUGCCUGCUUUGUGUUCACCCCGUACUUGAUAGAACACCCCCCGGGAACUACUCUGCUGCAGGCUUUCCACUCUCAGUAUUCCACCUCCACUCAGGCUUUCCUUCCAGCCCCAGCUCAGCACAAACCUUGCUCAGUCUUGCAUUUAAGGAAGUCUCAUCCCCAGGGAAGAAAUCCAGAGGCAAAGCAGCGCCGGCAUUUCAGAGCAAUUAUACCUGCCUUUUUAUGUAUGACACUUUCAUAUCACUUAUUUUUAAAAUACAUUUUUUUUUAGGGUUUAUUUUGGCUUUGUUUUGGUUUGUUUGUUUUUUUUUUUUUUCCUUUUUCAUUGUAAUAUUACUGUACAGUUUUGCAUGGCAUAGAUGUAAUCACUUUUUGUUUUGUUUUAGAGUAUAAAAGCUGACAAGUGUGCGUGUGGGGGAAAGGUUCUGCUUUUUUUGCCUCUUCUCACUUUUUUUUUUUUGUUUUGGUUUGUUUUGUUUUGGGGUUUUUGUUUUGUUUUCUUUUAAUGCCCUCCAUGUUGUAGGGGACAUUGUUAAAGAGAUUCUCUGCUACAGAACAAUGAUGUAGAUUCUUUUUUGCACAGAAAUAUUUAAGGUGGGCGAGUCAACGUAAAAAAAAUGAUUUGCCACCAAUAUUUUAUGUUGGUAACACACUUAAUAUUAACCUACUUUGAUGUACUGCAAUAAAACAGGGAACUGUUAGAA